AUGCACUUCUCCGCUGCUCUUCUCGCCGUCACAGCCGCCCUGGGAGGCGUCGCUGCCCACCCCUCCGGCCACGCCCAUGCCUAUCUGCACGCCAAGAAGGACGCCGUUGAGGCCCACCCGAUCGAGUUCAAGAAGGCCAGCCGUCCUCACACCACGUCCGAGCCCGUCCCGGUCGCCGCCGAACCCUCCCCGGCCAGGGCCUCCGCCGCAUCCACUCCUUCCGCCGCGUCCUCCUCCUCCUCCUCGUCGUCUCCCACCUCCAGCAGCGGCGGCCAGGGUUUCGUUCCCUUCUGCGGCGGGGACUCCACCAGCGCCGCCCGGGGCAGCAGCAGCAGCAGCAGCAGCAACAAGCGCGCCACCUACGACCAGAUCAUGUACAGCGGCAACACGGGCACGCCGGGCGACUGGGGCUGCAACAUGAAGAUCAUCGACAAGGUCGACACCCACGCCUACAAGUACGUGUCCAAGUUCGUCUCGACGGGGGGCAAGUUCGCGUGCUCGUGCUUCAACAAGGUCGGCCCCAAGGGCCUGCUCGACGGGUUCUGGUUCUCGGCCGUGGAUUUCUCCGUUUCAGACCCCGGCAGGGAUGAUGUCUAUAUGGCGUUCGAUACCAACUCGCAGGGGAGCUGCGCCUGCGCCCCCGGCAAUGUGGUGGACCGGACCGACCUGGGCCAGUUGGCUGGUACUUGGUUCGAGUGGGAUUGGGGUUCCGAGCCCAAUGGUGGCAACUCGGGCGCUGAUGUCAGUGUGCUGGUCGCUGGCGCUAUGGACAUGCCUUACUACGGCAUGAGCAUCGCGGCUAAUGGCAAGGUGUGUUCGUGGGUGAAGAGUGAUGGGUCCAACGAGGAUGCUUACAUGCCUGGCAUGGAGGACCUGGACGGUAUUGGCUGCAAGGGUUACUAUGAGGCUGAGCUUGAGGUUCUCCUCGGCGACAACUUUUAG